AUGGGAGAAAAUAAAAUCAACUCCAUGAUGAAGAGCAUCAUCUCCGGAACCAGCCUUGAGACAUCUGAGAAGCGGUUUUCCAAUCUGAAUCACAGUGCCCGUAAAACAGUAGUCAGCAAAAUGAAAAAGGCGAAUCUCGAAAGGUCGGCAAUUGCAAAAGUCACCGGUCACAGAAAUAUCCAAUCUUUAGAUGACUACGAUGAAGCAGACGAAGACGAACAGCGACAGCUUUCGUGGGCCAUCUCACGAAAGAACAGCACACCGAAGCCAGCGGGUAAUACACCUAGUCCUUGUAAUUCAAGUGCGGUAAUUCCUCAUAAGAUGAGUUCACAAGCGCAGAAUGUAAUGAAUUCCUUCACCAACUGCAAUGUAACAUUCAACCUCAACAACAAGACUUCGCCUACCAUUCGCCCUUGCAAACGGCGAUUGCGUUUCAUCGAAAGUGACUCCGAUACAGAUUGA